CGCUCCGCCCUUCUGCUCUCCUCCCUCCUUUCCCUCACCCAUCUCAAAUUUAGGGUUUGGUUUCUUCUUAUUCUUCCUCGCUCGAAUCUCUUUCCCGCCACCCCCCCUCCCUCCAACAGGAUCGAGGCGGAGGAGCAACGGAAGCGCAGAUGGCGAGCGGCGGCGGGAGUUCGCUGGUGCCGGUGUUGCCGCCGUUCCUGACCAAGUGCUACGACAUGGUCGACGAUCCGUCGACCGACGACACGGUCUCCUGGAGCAAGACGAGCAACAGCUUCGUGAUCUGGGACCCCCACGCCUUCUCCCAGGACCUUCUCCCCAAGUACUUCAAGCACAGCAAUUUAUCGAGCUUCGUCCGCCAGCUCAAUACCUACGGAUUCCACAAAGUUGACCCUGAUAGAUGGGAGUUCGCUAAUGAAGGAUUUCUAAGAGGUCAAAAGCAUUUGCUGAAGACUAUUACAAGAAGAAAGCCGGCACAUAAUAAUAUUGUUAGUCCGCAGCAGCAGCCCCAUCCGAAAACUGAAUCUGUAAAUGGAAUCAUCGAGGUUGGGAACUUUGGGUUCGAGGAGGAAAUUGAAAUUCUCAAGAGGGAUAAGAAUGCCCUCAUGCAGGAGCUAAUAAAAGUGAGGCAGCACCAGCAGAACUCUGAACUUGAACUACAUAGCUUGGUCCGACGAAUUCGCUGCAUGGAACAAAAGCAGCUAGAAAUGAUGUCGCUUCUAGCUAUGGUCGUUCAAACUCCUAAUUUUAUAGCACAACUAGUUCAGCAAAACGUCAAUGACAGGUGGAGUAACAUAAACAAAAGAAGAAGGCAGCUUCCUCCACCAGAACACAAUGUUUUAGAGGGUACAGAAGCAGUUUCCGAUGGGCAAAUGAUCAAAUACCAGCCUUUUGCCCCAGAAAUCAUGAAAUCAUCCUUUUUGCCUGUAGCGAAUUCAAAAGAAUCAGGCAGUGUGUUCAACGAUUUGCACUCAAAUGGAGUUAGCAUGACGGUCGGAGAUGAUCUCGCUUUGCCCUUCCAAGAAAAUGGGUCUCUAACAAAUCUGGAAGAUCUGGAGCAACUUUUAGCCAGUUCGGCAGGGGAGAACAGUGAGCAAAUCGAACCUGGAGCUUUAGCAGAGUAUAUGAGGAGCCUUGAUUUUACUGAACAGGAGACUGAUGGAUAUAUGGGAAAUCUAACAUCGGAAAAAGGCAGCAACAACAUGGUUGUAUGGUAGUACUUCAUGUUUGCAGCUACUCAGGUUUUGUGGUUCUACUUUUGCUCUUGUCUCUACAGUUUCCAAUUACCGCAGAUUAUUUCUAAUACUUACAGUUAAAACCAAACAGUACAUAUUACAUCUUACGUCUACUGUUGACUUAGACAUGAUUUCCUAGUUGGAAUGAGUAAUACAUUCAAAGCAUUCAUAUCAA